AUGUUUAAUUAUGGACCCGUUAGUCUUCUUCCCAUGGAAGUCAGAAAUCUGAAAAAUCUGGGUGCAUUGUAUAUGUCUGAAAACAUGUUAUCCGGCGAAAUUCCAAGCACUCUUGGUAGUUGUAUUAAGCUGGAGCUUCUAGACAUGCAUGGCAACUUCUUCCAGGGGGCCAUUCCAUCGAGUUUAGGUUCUUUGAGAGGAAUUCAAGAAUUAGAUCUUUCUAGGAAUAAUUUGUCAGGAAAAAUUCCAGACUUUUUUGUGGGUUUCAACUUGUUGGAUCUUCUGAAUCUAUCUUACAACAAUUUUGAGGGUAUUGUGCCUUCAGACGGCAUUUUCAAGAACUCAAGUGCAACUUCAGUUGUGGGAAACAGUCAAUUGUGUGGGGGAAUACCUGAGAUGCAGUUGUCUAAAUGCAACUUCAGAGAGUCUAGGAAGAAAAAAUUGAACUUAAGCAUGAAAUUAAUUAUCUCCAUAGUUUGCGGGCUUCUAGGAGUAAUUUUUGUGCUAUCUUUUUUAUUUGUCUUUUGGUUAAGAAGGAAAAGAAAAGAACCCACUUUAAGUUCUUCAGGAAAUUUGCUUUUAAAUUUGUCGUACCAAAGUCUCCUAAAAGCCACCGAUGGGUUCUCCUCCACAAAUUUGCUUGGUGUAGGUAGUUUUGGAUCCGUGUAUAAAGGAAUGAUUGACGAGGGUCAAAUGACAAUUGCUGUCAAGGUGCUCAACCUUUUGCGCCGUGGAGCUUCCAAGAGCUUUCUAGCUGAGUGUGAGGUCCUGAGAAACAUCAGGCAUCGGAAUCUUGUAAAGAUACUCACAGUUUGUUCAGGUGUUGAUUAUCAGGGUAAUGAUUUCAAGGCUCUAGUUUAUGAAUUCAUGGUCAAUGGUAGCCUUGUGGAUUGGUUGCAUCCAACUGGUACAGAGGAUGAGACGCACCUGGAGCAGAGGCAUCUGAAUCUUUAUCAGAGAUUGAAUAUUGCCAUUGAUGUUGCGAGUGCAUUGGAAUAUCUCCACUAUCAUUGUCAAACACCAAUCCUGCAUUGCGACCUCAAGCCGAGCAAUGUUCUUCUAGACGAUGAAAUGAUUGGACAUGUCGGAGACUUUGGGUUAGCGAGAUUUGCUCCCGAAGCUGACCAUAACUCUUCAGGCAAUCAGUCGAGUUCUAUUGGCGUAAGAGGAACUAUUGGUUAUACUCCUCUAGAGAAUAUCAUAUCAGAAUUCCUUUGUUAG